GUGGGUUUUUGGUGAAUAUUGUUAGCGUGGGUUGAUUGUUAAUUAAUUUUUAAUAAAAAAGUGCACUAAUAAAGUAAUAAUACAAACACAAAUUGCAGUAUGGUAAAUCAUCUCUACAAGUAACUGUCUGCAAAUAAAAAAGAUAGCCGGGAUGUCGCAGCAGUACAGUCUGCGGUGGAACAACCACCAGCCGAACUUCAUCUCAAUGUUCACGACGCUCCUCAACACGCAGACGUUGGUCGACGUCACCCUGGCUGCGGAAGGCAAGCACUUAUUGGCACACAAAGUGGUGCUCUCGGCUUGUAGCACUUAUUUUCAGGCGCUUUUCGUCGAUAACCCAUCGCGUCACCCCAUCGUCAUCUUGAAAGAUGUAACCUUCGCCGACCUCCGUACGAUGGUAGACUUCAUGUACUACGGAGAAGUCAAUGUAACAGAGGAACAGUUGCCCCAGGUUCUGGAUACAGCGAAGCUCCUGAAAAUCAAAGGACUCACAGAAAUGCCGGAGACGACUUCGUUGACUCGCUCGCAAGGCACCUCGGCCGACUUCCAGUCGCCAGGCGAGCCCGACUCGCAGAGACACUCGGCCUCGCCCGCCGCCUCGCCCAACAAUAACAAGCGAAAAAGGUUCGUAAGGAGGAAGAGUUCGACCGGGUCGACGUCGGUGAACAUGGUCGGCGACGACAACCGGCAGGAGGACGGGCCGUCGGUGGACCUCAUCCGCGGCGAGAGCAUCACGCUCAGCAGCCUGCCGCCGCAGCGCCGGCGCGAAUACGACGAGCGCCCGCCAGACGCCCACCAGAAUCCCGAACCACACAUGAAUGUGGAGCCGAUGGCGAUAGACACCAGUCAGGCGGGCGCGGCUCUCACGCAGGGAGGCCAAUGGAGUAUGAUGGAGCACACGUAUCCGCGAUACUCCAACGCGUGCGUCGGCGGCCUUCAACCGGACCCGGGCAUGUCGUCGUACAUGAACAACGUGAUGAACCCGCACAUGGACGGGGAGCUGGCGGACUACAGCCAGGGGCUGGGCGUGGCGGGCCCGUCGCCCGGCGCGUGCGCGGCCGAGGCGCCGACGCCGCAGGAGCCCGCGCCGCAGCCGCAGCCGCGCCGCCGCCGCACCACCAACCCGCAGUCCGAGGAGAACUUCCAGCGAGCGCUCGAGGCCGUGCGCUUCGGCGGCAUCGGCUUCUGCAAGGCGGCGCGAAUGUUCGGCGUCAACAACCGGACGCUCUGGCUCGAGUACAAGAAGAAGGGCUACCCCAACAACCGGCCGAGCAUCAAGAGCCGCAUCAAGCGCGAGCACACCACGCCGCCGCCCGAGCACAAGGAGGAGCUGCCGCAGCCCGAGCAGCAGAUGGCGCUGCUGUGCCCGCCGCACCCCGUGCCGGUGUCGUUCAUCGACUCGCGACCGAUCGAUUUUCCUCUCCAGGGCGUGCCUCACAACUCGCCCCUCAACAUUUUAGGGGUGAACUUUAAUACGAUGCAAUAGAACGCGGCUUGCGGGCCGGGGGAGCACGAGUCGUACUCGUUGUGACAUGAGUGGGGCGGGGAGUGCGCCCCGCCCGCCCCGCCCCCCUCGCGCCCGCAGCCGCGCUAUGACGUCUACAUGCAGAUGUCGUUGUAGCCCUGUAUAUAGUUACCGCAGCCCGAGUGGUCGGGCAUACGCUCUAGCUUUGAUCGCCAGGAAUGCGUCGGACCGUUUGAAAAAUCGCACCUCCGUGAAAAUAACUUUAAACGUUUAA